AUGACUACACCACAUCCUCAUAUUCAAGUUACACGUUUAUCACGAAUGGGACGUCGUCGAUCUCAAUCUGUCACAUUACCAAAUGCGAAUGUACGAGGACAAAGUAUGCGACGNNNNUUUUUUACAACUUCAGCAUCCAAUUCAACAUCGAGCUCAUCGUCAGAAAGUAAUGGAAUUUUACCAAAUGCAUGUUCGGCUUAUACAACUAUUGAUGAUCCUACACGAAGUAUAUCAGCGCCAGGUUAUGCACUUGGCUGUGAUAAUACAGCACCAUUUAGUAAUCAAUCAAUUGGAGUUUGGAUAAGAUUUAUAGGUACAGGUGGUAGUACGCUACCGUUAUCAAGUCCUGGUAUGAAUUUGUGUGGUUCUACUGGUACUGGUUGGUAUGCUGGUUCAAUGCCAUCUUCAACAGGACAGAUUACAAAUGGUACUGCAUGUUUUACAUGGUACACUAGUGUGUGUCGAGCUUCUGUUAGUAUUUCUGUAGCGAACUGUAACUCGUUUUACAUAUAUUUUUUACCUCCAGCGCCAAUAUGUAUGGCACGUUAUUGUACUAUAUAA